UGGUUUCAGACCGUAAAUAAAAGAUUAAAAAUUAAAUAGAAUUCGGUUACUGGCCGCUCUCAGAAACUCUGGGAAGGACCCCCACCUACCACCACGCCAACCUUGCUUGAACCUGUUCACACCUUCUCAUCUCUCAUCAAGGUCCUCUUUCAACUUCCGGCUGAUUGAUUCUGAUAUCCACCUACAUAUAAGUAUAAGCUGCUUUACCUGGAUCUCAUUCAACUCAACUUAAAUACAAAAGCAUGUCUGCAAUAAAAAAAUUUUUUGAAAAUCGCAAACUCGACUUUAAGUUUAAAAAGGCUGGUGGGGGUCACAAACUGACAGAUGCCAACACAGCACAGGCAGCCUGCAGUUCAGAAAACAAAGAUGUCAGCAGCCCAACCAGGUCGACCUCGAAUGAUGGAACGAUGACAACAAUGAUUUCCGAUGAAAGGAAAAGUGCUGCUGAUGCUGCUAUCGCUCGACUGAAUCUCAAAAAAGAAUACGAGAGCAGAGGUUAUGUGAAGCCUGCGAGGACAAUGAAAGCUGAACUGCUUGCAGAGAAGAGGGAGAUGGAGAUGGCUGUAGCCCAAGCAAGCAAGUAUCAGGCUCCAGCAAAAGUCACACUGGAGUCACCAUCAGUGGUUACAGGAGUUUUCUUCACGUGCCCCAUGUUGAACAUUGAUGAGCCCCUCAUGAAAGCUGACAUGGAGAAGAAGAUAGAGGAGUACUUGUACUCACAUCUCUUAGACGAACCUGAACUAACUUCGGCCAUGAUGAUUUACACAUUCAACAGAAACAAAGACAUCUUAAAAACUUGCAUCGAAACACUAAGUAAAUAUCUCAAUAAUGUUCUUGAAAAUCCUAAUAAACCAAAUUUCAGACAAAUCAGGAAGUCGAAUAAAGCAUUGAAUGAAAAAGUCCUCAACUGCAAAGGAGCUCUGGAGUUUCUUCAAGCCACUGGUUUCCAGCUGAAAAAAAUGAAAGUUAACGAGGAGUCUGAUGAGGAAGAUGAAUUCUUUCAUCUUGAGGUUGAUCCAGACAACCAAGAUGAGCUCGUGGAGAAAUUGAGAAGUUUGUUGGAACUUCUUCAAGUUUGUGAACCUGUUACAAUGGAAGUCUACCGGGAUUUGAAAAUAUUUUCUCCAAAAAUAUUGGCAAGUUCUUCAAAUAAAAUUGAAGUGUCUGAAGAUUUCUUCAACGUCACUCCCGAAGAGUUGAAAAGAGAGAUGAAAAUUAGAGAGGAGGCCAUCAAGGAGAUGGGGAUGUUGCAAACGAAGCAGAUGAGGGAACGAAUAAAAAUGAAAGAACUCAGACGUUAUCGAUUUACAGCUAUAAGGAUAAAGUUUCCAGACAAUUAUGCCAUCCAAGGAACAUUCAGGGUCUCAGAAAAAUUUUUGGAAGUUCGUCAUUUCGUUUUAGGGUGUUUGGAAAAUGACUCGAUACCAUUCCAUCUGAGCACACAAGUUAGCGGGAAGAUAACUGAAGAUGAUAAAACGCUGGCGGAGCUUGACCUUGCCCCUUCGUCAAUUUUGCAGUUUUCGUAUGAUCAGAAUGUUCUGAAGGAUCUGGUCAGUUUGAACUUGAGUCAUGUCGGCAAUUCGUACAUCAAAUCUGAAUUAUUGAACAGAAUUGAUAAUUAAAGUCGUACGUUUAUUUAUGACUUAUUUCUUUCCGGAUAUAUAAAUAUGGUUGUUUAAUAUAAAUAUAUAUUUAUAUUUUGUGAAAAAAUGUAAAUAUUUCUUACUG